ACUUGGGGAACUUCCGGUAGUCGUUGUUGCGACAGCAGAGUGAAGAUGGCGAGUGCUGCAGUAAAACAGCCUUCUAAAAACCCGACCAAAAGCGCCCCUGGGCCCGCCGGCGGAAAUGUUCCGAGUGGUCCUGCUCUUCCUUUGGCGUCUCCACUUAUGGGCAAAAAGAAGAAGCCGUUUCUCGGAAUGCCAGCGCCUCUGGGCUACGUUCCUGGUCUGGGCAGAGGAGCCACUGGUUUCACCACACGAUCCGAUAUUGGUCCUGCUCGAGAUGCGAAUGAUCCAGUGGAUGACCGGCAUGCACCUCCGGGCAAGAGGACAGUGGGUGAUCAAAUGAAGAAGAACAGCCAGGAUGAUGAUGACGAGGACCUGAAUGACACCAACUACGAUGAGUUUAAUGGGUAUGCUGGUAGCCUGUUCUCAAGUGGACCUUAUGAGAAAGAUGAUGAAGAAGCAGAUGCCAUUUAUGCAGCGCUGGACAAGCGGAUGGAUGAGAGACGGAAGGAAAGAAGGGAGUUGAGAGAAAAGGAGGAGAUAGAGAAAUAUCGUAUGGAGCGGCCCAAGAUCCAACAGCAAUUCUCAGAUCUGAAGAGGAAACUAGCUGAGGUGACGGAAGAAGAGUGGUUGAGUAUUCCUGAUGUGGGUGAUGCCAGAAACAAGAGACAAAGGAACCCACGUUAUGAGAAACUCACGCCAGUGCCCGACAGCUUCUUUGCUAAACAUCUGCAGACUGGAGAGAACCACACUACUGUUGACCCUCGUCAAGGGCAAUUUAGUGGUUUGAACACGCCUUUCCCUGGGGGAUUAAACUCACCCUAUCCAGGGGGCAUGACGCCAGGGGCUGGAGAGCUGGACAUGAGAAAGAUCGGCCAGGCCAGAAACACCCUAAUGGACAUGAGGCUCAGUCAGGUUUCUGACUCUGUGAGUGGACAGACUGUGGUGGACCCUAAAGGCUAUCUGACAGACCUCAACUCCAUGAUCCCAACACAUGGAGGUGACAUCAGUGAUAUUAAGAAGGCACGUCUGUUGUUGAAGUCAGUAAGGGAGACGAACCCUCACCACCCCCCUGCCUGGAUUGCCUCAGCACGUUUGGAAGAGGUGACCGGCAAAUUGCAGGUGGCCAGAAAUCUCAUCAUGAAAGGAACUGAGAUGUGUCCCAAGAGUGAGGAUGUAUGGCUGGAGGCUGCACGUCUGCAACCAGGAGACACUGCAAAGGCAGUUGUUGCUCAGGCUGUGCGUCACCUCCCUCAGUCUGUGCGCAUCUACAUUCGAGCAGCUGAGCUUGAGACAGACAUCAGGGGCAAGAAACGAGUCCUGCGCAAGGCUCUAGAGAACGUAUCUAAAUCAGUGCGCCUGUGGAAGACAGCUGUUGAACUGGAGGAGCCUGAGGAUGCCAGAAUUAUGUUGAGCCGAGCUGUGGAGUGCUGCCCAACCAGUGUAGAGCUGUGGCUUGCCUUGGCCCGGUUAGAGACUUAUGAGAAUGCAAGACGUGUUCUGAACAAGGCUCGUGAGAACAUUCCAACUGAUCGGCACAUCUGGAUCACAGCCGCCAAGUUGGAGGAGGCCAAUGGCAACACGCAGAUGGUGGAGAAGAUCAUUGACCGAGCAGUCACCUCCCUGAGGGCCAAUGGGGUAGAGAUCAACCGUGAGCAGUGGAUACAGGAUGCUGAGGAGUGUGAUAAAGCUGGCAGUGUUGCCACUUGUCAGGCUGUGAUCAGAGCGGUCAUUGGUAUUGGCAUUGAGGAGGAAGACUGCAAACACACAUGGAUGGAGGAUGCCGAGAGUUGUGUGGCUCAUGGAGCAAUGGAAUGCGCUCGUGCCAUCUAUGCCCACGCAUUGCAGGUCUUCCCCAGCAAAAAGAGUGUGUGGCUUCGAGCAGCUUACUUUGAGAAGAGUCACGGUACACGAGAGUCUCUGGAGGCUCUUCUGCAGAGGGCUGUGGCUCACUGUCCCAAGGCAGAGGUGUUAUGGCUGAUGGGGGCCAAGUCCAAGUGGCUGGCUGGAGAUGUCCCUGCAGCAAGAAGCAUUCUUGCACUGGCCUUCCAGGCUAACCCCAACAGUGAAGAGAUUUGGCUGGCUGCUGUGAAGCUGGAGUCGGAGAAUAAUGAGUACGAGAGAGCCCGCAAACUGCUUGCGAAAGCCCGUAGCAGCGCUCCCACUGCCAGGGUCUUUAUGAAGUCUGUCAAGUUGGAGUGGGUGCUGGGGAACAUUGUAGAAGCCCAAGAACUGUGCUCUGAGGCCUUGAAGCACUAUGAGGAUUUCCCCAAGCUCUGGAUGAUGAAAGGCCAGAUUGAGGAGCAGUCUGAGAACAUGGACAAAGCCCGAGAUGCCUACAACCUGGGGCUGAAGAAGUGUCCCCACUCUAUGCCUCUGUGGUUACUGCUGUCACGUCUAGAGGAGAGAGUGGGCCAGCUCACACGUGCUCGCGCUAUCUUGGAGAAAUCGCGCCUCAAGAAUCCACAGACCCCAGAGCUCUGGUUAGAAUCAGUUCGGCUGGAGUACAGAGCAGGCCUAAAGAACAUCGCUAACACGCUCAUGGCUAAAGCCUUACAGGAAUGUCCCAACUCAGGAAUCCUUUGGGCCGAGGCUGUGUUCUUGGAGGCUAGACCACAGAGAAAGACCAAGAGCGUUGAUGCCCUGAAGAAAUGCGAGCAUGAUCCCCAUGUUUUACUGGCUGUUGCAAAGUUAUUCUGGAGUGAGAGAAAGAUAACUAAAGCUAGGGAAUGGUUCCUGCGCACAGUAAAAAUUGAGCCAGACCUGGGUGAUGCCUGGGCGUUUUUCUACAAAUUUGAGCUACAGCAUGGGACAGAGGAGCAGCAAGAGGAGGUGAAGAAACGCUGUGAGAACGCCGAACCCAGACAUGGGGAGUUGUGGUGUACGGAGUCCAAACACGUCCUCAACUGGCAGAAAAAGAUUGGAGAGAUCCUGGUUCUCGUGGCUGGCAAAAUCAAGAACACCUUCUAAAGUCCAUUAAACCCUUUUAAUAAAAAAGUCUAUUAUUACGCUAGCUCUGCUUGUACUUGUGCAUAUUUUGUACUUCGUAUUUUAAUGAACUUCCAGGAUUUUUUUUUUUUUUUUUCCUGUUCUAGGUAGAUCCAGGUGUGGUGUUUCUAUAUAAGUGCUAAGACACUUAAUAAAUGAAUGUAAAAUAUGA